AUGCAGAAGCCCAAUUUGUAUAUUAGCGUAAAUUGUGACUGUAAUGCAACUGGAUCUUCAACAUGGGCUUUUGGGAACACACAUGUGUUGGCUUCGAUUUAUGGCCCAAAAGAGGCUAGUAUGGCCAACGAAUUAACGCAUCGUGCGUUCCUUGAUGUCUCCGUCCUUCCUGUUUCAGGCGUGCAUACAAUGCUGGAAAGUGAUAUGGAAUUCUAUCUCUUACAGUACCUUGAGAGACUGAUAGAUGUGAAGGACUACCCGCGAUGUCAAUUUAAUAUUCGAAUUCAACUUGUAUCGGGUCCUCCUGGUCAUCCAAUGACCAUGGCAGCCUGCAUAAAUGCACUUGCCCUGGCGCUUUUGCAAACGUCAAUUCCAUUGAAGGCGUCAGUUGUGGCCGUAUGCACAUCCGAGGUGGACGCUGAUUCCCGGCCCAUAACCCUGGCAAUCGACAUAUCGCACCCGAGUAUAGCCAAAAAAGCCAAGCGUGGAAACGCCGUGGAUGUUCAGAUUGCCCCUCGAGGCCCGCUUGUCUUUGCGGCCUACUCCGGUCGACCACGCCAUACCCCUGCAGCUCCGAUAUCAAUUUCCUCGUCUAAACUGCUUUCGCUGACUACGCUGUCAGGAGAGGGCGCCGAACAACUCUGUUCCAGGGCACUUGAUCUAUAUGAUGCAAUGAUUGGACAUAUUUUUGUUACUCAGUCAUAA